AUGCAGCCGUGGCAGGUCCGGACGCUCGUGCUGCUGCUGACGGGCGCGCUCAACGUGGGCAACUCGUACUGCUACGACAACCCAUCCGCGCUCAAGAACCAGCUCCAGGACCGCUUCCAUGCGAUGCCCUGGCACGAGUACGAAAUGUACUUUAACCUCCUCUACAGCGUCUACUCGAUGCCCAACAUCCUCUUGCCCUUCUUUGGCGGCUACCUCACCGACCGCUUCGGGCCACGCCGCGUGCUCCUGCUCAUGACGUCGUUCAUCACGCUCGGCCAAAUCAUCUUUGCUCUCGGCAACCAAUGGCGCAGCUUUCCGCUCAUGCUCGCGGGCCGAGUGGUCUUUGGCGUCGGCGGCGAAACCAUCUCCGUGGCGCAGGCCACUUUGCUCUCGCUUUGGUUUCCCAGCAACGAGCUCGCGUUUACGAAUGGCGUGCUCCUAUGCAUGUCCAAGCUGGCGUCGACGCUCAAUAAUGCGCUGAGUCCGCUUCUGGCCGAAACGUAUGGCUCGACGAGCGCGCUCUGGGUCGGCGCGAUGCUCUGCGGCCUCUCGCUGUGCGCUGCGCUGCUUCUAGCGCCGAUCGAUGCCACCGCGCAAGCCCAGAUCGACGACGAGGUCUUGUCGCCAGACGAACGCGCCGCCGAGAUCGAGCUCAAGCGUCAUCUUCGCCCGUCCGACGUUCGGGACUUUAGCAUGGCGUACUGGCUCGUCGUCCUCCUCUUCUUUGUGCUCUACGCCAUCGUCGGGCCGUUCAACAACGUCGCAAGCAGUGUCUUUAUGGAGCGCGACUAUUACAAGGCACUCCCGACUGCGUGCCAGCGCUGCGGCCUCGGCGCGUACGCUGGCGACGUCAACUGCUCGAGCUUGCCGCCGACCUGUCCGCCGUCUCCGCCCUUCGCACACCCGCUGCCACUCCUCUCGCUGUCGUGCAUGGAGGCAGCCGACGAGGCCAGCUGCCGCCAGACCCCGCCGUACGUCUCGGCCGUCGAUAUCAACUGCGACAGCGAUGUGUGGAAGCGUGGGCCGUCCACCCGAGCCUAUUGCGCGGCCAAGUACAAGGCCGAGCAAGCCGCGGCCGGUCCCUUGAGCGUCGGACCGUUUGCGAUCGCCGUGUCGGCGCCGCUCUUCGGCUAUCUCGUCGACAAGGUCGGGCACCGCACGUGGAUUGCGCUCGGCAGCAUGGCCGCGUGCUUUCUCGCGCAGACGCUCCUUGGGUUUACCAGCGUCUCGCUGUACCUGCCCGUUGUGCUGCAGGCGGCGGCGCUCUCGAUCUUCUCCGCGGCCAUGUGGCCCGCCCUUUCGUGCUGUGUCGAGCCACAUCACGUGGGGACGGCAUACGGUGUUGCCUCGGCGUUUCUGAAUGUCGGGCUGGCGGUCGUCCCGAUGUUUGUGGUCGUCGAGUACAGUCUCAUGCACGUGUACCAGCCGUACCUCAACGUCCUCUUGAUGGGCCUGGCGCUGCUCGGCAUGAUGCUCGCUGCGAUGCUCAUUUACGUCGACUUUACGCAGCACCGUGGCCACCUCCAUGGGCGAGACAUGGCUCCGCUCGCCUCGAUGACGGCAGUGUCCCUUGAUGCGACCGAGCGCCAAGAGCUCCUGAACCGGCCGCACAUCCAGUCGUACGGCACACAGGCCGCUAGCUAG